AUGGAGGAUAAAGGAGCAAAGGAGCUAGUGGAUAGAAUGAGGAGACACGGAGUUGCCGUGUGUGGGAUCCAGGAGCACAGGAGGGUGCAUGAUGGCACGAGAGAUAUCGUGGUUACCAACAUGAAGAUUAGUAACUUGUCACCACAUCGGCUUGGAGAAAUGAAGCACAGGCAGCAACUGGUGGGCAAUCCAGUCCUCACCGCCAUAGUGGCCUACGCACCAACUCUCCUAGCACCCUAUGAGGAGAAGAGAAAGUUCUAUGAUGAUCUAAGACGAGCGGUAGAGGCUGUUCCCCAGUAUCACUUCCUUGCCAUUCUUGGAGACUUCAAUGCCCGCCUGGGACAGGGAGACGUUCCUUUCACCUUUCAUCAGGUAACAAAUGACAACGGGGUGCGUAUGCCAGAUCUAAUUGAGGACUACUCUCUUCUAGUCAACAACACAAUGUUUGAGAAACGAAAGGGAAGGCUGUGGGCGUUACUCUGA